ACGCCAUUUCCUCCCCUCGAUGGCUCAACCUGAACACCUAUAACGUGCUGAAGACAAUGAUUUUAGACACAUUUAAGACAGGCUUGCGACUUAUUCCGUUUCAUUUGAGAUGUAUCAAUUAUCAACACAAUGCAUUGGUGACUUCUGGAUCAGGCAAAUUGGUGCAGAGUUCCAACUUAACGUUGUCAACUCCUUUUUGCAGUCACGUGAAAUAUGUUCACAAUAAAAAGGUUCCAUGGACACCUACAUGGCAGCCAGUUAUGAAGACUCAGCCUUCCUUGGCAAUGGAAGUACAUGGUGAAGUCGUGGGCAAAUUGGAGAGACUUGCUCUGGUGGACUUCGGUAAUCAGGAGGGCAUAGAUUGUUUGGAGAAAGCCAUACAAUUUGCUGAUCAGCUUCACAUUGUGAAUUCAUUGGCUGUGGAACCAUUGGACUCUGUACUACAUGACAGAUCUAUGCACCUGCGGAAUGACAUUGUUACUGAGGGAAAACGUGCAGAGGAGCUGCUCCAGCUUUCUAAACAUGUAAUUGAUGAGUACUUUGUAGCUCCACCAGGUAACAUCCCACUUCAAAGAAAAUGAAGAGAGAGCAGCAGAUCUUGAGCAUUCUAAAUGAAUAGCUUAACUGUUUUCCUUAUAUCAGGGUGUCCUGGGAGCACAAACUGACAGGAAUGUGCCAUUGUGCUCUGCGUCAGAACCCAGCGUCAUCAUGACAUUCAAGAUGCCCAUGAGUUUGCUAUGAAGUGGUGAUAUAGAUAUAUGAUAUAGCUUCCUAAUUCUUAUUCCUAAAUGUUCCUUUAGUAUAUAUCAAGUCGUAAAUCGCAGAUGAAAUGCACUGAAACUGAACUUAAAUGCAUAAAUUGACUAUCAAUACUGUGAUGUAAUGAUUAUAAAUAUGUGAAGCUUAUUUUAUGUAACUACGUAGUUCCUACGAUUUCCUUAAAAGUUGAUGGCACAGUAUGUUGUUGCUGUGUGCAGUUCAUCAGUUAACCAUGCAUACAGUAUGUGUGACACAACUAGUAAAAAUAUUUGAUGUUGCAAAUCCUGAACUAACUACAAAAUACAAACUACAAAAACGAUUCAUCCCCUUUAUUGCGAAGACAUUUUGUUGAAGAAAAAAUGCAGCAUUCAGCAAAAGAGUUUCAUAACCAUUAGAUUAGCUGUUUUAGCAAUGUUCAAUGAUUAUAAUUCUCUGUAAUUAACUUCCCUAUCACAACAGGUAUUGGGAAACCAUUGUACAACAUUACUCUGUUACAUGUUAUUAUUUGUAUUUGUUUGCAACCUUGGGUGUCAUGAAAGUCAUAUUUAAAUAAAAUGUAUUAUUCCA